CCAAGACGGAUGGCUCAUUGCAAAACCUCCCGGUCACACUUUCUUGAACGCAAGCCCUCGAGAAUAUAUAAGCGCGGCUUCGGAUGGCAGAGUCAGUUCGGCUCCUCCUGGCAACCCAUCCAGCAGCAGUCAUGAAGCAGACAACUAUCGUUCUCGUGAUGUUGGCGGCGGCGGCGGCUCAGGGGAACCCCCAGGGCUACAAUAUCCAGGGUCCUGGUGGCUCAGGGUCUCAGUCGGCCUCCGUGCCCGCCAACUACGCCUUCCAGUGGGAGGUGGAGGACGCGGCUUCGAACAACUUCUUCGGCCAAGAGGAGCAGCGAGAGGAUGUCAACACGCAAGGAAGCUACUUCGUGCAGCUCCCCGACGGCCGCCGCCUGAAGGUCGACUACUUCGUGGACGACACCGGCUACCACCCGAGCGUCAGCUACGAGGGCGAGAUCAGGUUGUCUCCGGGAGGCGGCGGCGGCGGCGGCGCGUCUCAAGGUUUCUCCAAUCCGGCGCAGGUGCCUUCGCAGCUGUACUCUCAGCCAGGGAAAUAAAAGUAAUUUCUGAAAAGCAGUGAGUGCAGUUUCUUGAGGAAAUUAAGGAGAAUCGGAUAUUGUUUACUUUGGCUCUCGUAUUACUGAUGGACCUAUUAAUAGAUAUGAAAAAACUGCAUAUUUGCGGUGUCAUAAUGACCUGAAAAACAAUCGUUCUUCGUUAUGUGAUUUACAUAUUCUUCCUGUCUGAUUUAAAGUACUUUGCACAUGCUGCUCAUCUUGAGAUUCUAUUUUCAGCAUAAAUUCACUUUUUUGUUUAUUCAUCAAGCUUCCAAAUAAUCUUUCAGAUAUUGUUUUCUCCUCAGUCUCUUAAAACAGAAAUCAGACUGUAUGUUGAUUAUUAGUGUUUUGCGUUCAAAUAAACUGAAUA